GCCCACCCCGCUGUGCGCACUGGGCCCCGAGCAGCGCCCCUGCAGGGAGAAGGGGAGGCGAGGCGGCCCGGCGGGGCGGGACCCCCAAAACUCCCCCGAAGCCUUCGGAGGGACCCCCCGACGCCAGCCACGUCUCGCCCCUCGCCGCGACUGCCAGGACGCCCCCCCAAGCCCGCGCGCUUUGGGGACCCCCCCAGGCCACACCUGGGCGCACGUCCCGCCUGGACCCGGGGUGGCCCGCAUGGGCCGGCGCUGAGGGCCCCCGGGGCCGAGCGGGAUCCCUCGCGCGGAGUCGAGUCGGAGCCGACCCGCCCAGGAGGGGGCUCAGACCUGGGGGGGCUGGCGCCCCCCAAACUCGGAUCGGAUCCAAGCGAUCGGCGGCGGCGCCAUGGAGCUGCGCGCUCUGCUCUGCUGGGCUUCGCUCGCCGCCGCGCUGGAAGAGACCCUGCUGAACACCAAAUUGGAAACUGCCGAUCUGAAAUGGGUGACAUUCCCCCAGGUUGACGGGCAGUGGGAGGAACUGAGUGGCCUGGACGAGGAGCAGCACAGCGUCCGGACUUACGAGGUGUGUGAUGUGGCACGGCCCCCUGGCCUGGCACACUGGCUCCGUACAAGCUGGGUGCCCCGGCGGGGUGCAGUGCAUGUGUAUGCCACGCUGCGCUUCACCAUGCUCGAGUGCCUGUCCCUGCCGCAUGCCAGCCGCUCCUGCAAGGAGACAUUCACCGUCUUCUACUUUGAGAGCGACGCCGACACGGCCACGGCCCUCACGCCUGCUUGGAUGGAGAACCCCUACAUUAAGGUGGAUACUGUGGCAGCCGAACACCUAACUCGAAAGCGGCCUGGGGCCGAGGCGACAGGGAAGGUCAACGUGAAGACCCUGAGGCUGGGCCCCCUCACCAAGGCUGGCUUCUAUCUGGCCUUCCAGGACCAGGGCGCUUGCAUGGCCCUGCUCUCCCUGCACCUCUUCUAUAAGAAGUGUGCCCAGCGGACUAUGAACCUCACCCACUUCCCAGAGACUGUGCCCCGGGAGCUAGUGGUCCCCGUGGCUGGCAGCUGCGUGGCCAAUGCCAUCCCUGCGCCAGGGCCCAGCCCCAGCCUCUAUUGUCGUGAGGAUGGGCAGUGGGCAGGGCAGCCAGUUACGGGCUGCAGCUGUGCACCCGGGUACGAGGCCACCGAUGGAAAUGCCAAGUGUCGAGCCUGUGCUCAGGGCACCUUCAAGCCGCUAUCCGGAGAAGGACCCUGCCAGCCGUGUCCUUCCAACAGCCACUCCAGUAUUAUAGGCUCUUCCAUCUGUCAGUGUCGCAUCGGGUACUUCCGGGCCCGCACUGACCCCCACGGUGCACCCUGUACCACGCCCCCCUCAGCCCCCAGGAGCGUGAUUUCCCGCCUCAACGGAUCCUCCCUGCACCUGGAGUGGAGCGCGCCCCUGGAGUCAGGCGGCCGUGCCGACCUCACCUACACCCUGCGCUGCCAAGAGUGCCGUCCCGGAGCCUCCUGCAUGCCAUGUGGGGGUGACAUGACCUUUGACCCUGGCCCCCGAGACCUGGUGGAGCCCUGGGUGAACAUUCGGGGCCUGCGUCCCGAUUUCACCUAUACCUUUGAGGUGGCUGCCUUGAACGGAGUGUCUUCUGUGGCCACUGGGCCCAGCCCGUUCGAGGUGGUGAAUGUCACCACAGACCGUGAGGUGCCACCACCAGUGUCUGACAUUCGGGUGACGCGUUCCUCGCCCAGCAGCCUGAGCCUGACAUGGACUGUGCCCCGGGCCCCCAGCGGUGCUGUCUUGGACUAUGAGGUCAAGUACUACGAGAAGGGCGCCGAGGGCCCCAGCAGCGUGAGGUUCUUGAAGACUUCAGAAAAUCGGGCUGAGCUUCGGGGCCUGAAACGCGGAGCCAGCUACCUGGUGCAGGUGCGCGCACGCUCGGAGGCUGGGUAUGGGCCCUUCGGCCAGGAGCACCACAGCCAGACGCAGCUGGACGAGAACGAGGGUUGGCGGGAGCAGCUGGCGCUGGUCGCGGGCACAGCAGUGGUCGGGAUCGUACUGGUGUUGGUGGUCAUAGUCAUUGCAGUUCUCUGCCUUAGGAAGCAGAGCAAUGGGAGAGAUGCUGAGUAUUCGGAUAAACACGGCCAGUACCUCAUUGGGCACGGUACUAAGGUCUACAUUGACCCUUUCACCUACGAAGACCCCAAUGAGGCUGUGAGGGAAUUUGCCAAAGAAAUAGAUGUUUCCUACGUCAAGAUCGAGGAGGUGAUCGGCGCAGGCGAGUUUGGGGAGGUGUGUCGGGGGCGCCUCAAGGCCCCUGGGAAGAAGGAGACCUGCGUGGCCAUCAAGACGCUCAAGGGCGGCUACACUGAGAGGCAGCGGCGUGAGUUCCUGAGUGAGGCAUCCAUCAUGGGCCAGUUUGAGCACCCCAAUAUCAUCCACCUAGAGGGCGUGGUUACCAACAGCAUGCCUGUCAUGAUCCUCACAGAGUUCAUGGAGAACGGUGCCCUGGAUUGCUUCCUGCGGACGAAUGACGGACAGUUCACGGUCAUCCAGCUGGUGGGCAUGUUACGAGGCAUUGCAUCAGGCAUGCGGUACCUGGCUGACAUGAGCUACGUGCACAGAGACCUGGCUGCCCGCAACAUCCUGGUCAACAGCAACCUGGUCUGCAAAGUCUCCGACUUCGGCCUGUCACGCUUCCUGGAGGAGAACUCGUCUGACCCCACCUACACCAGCUCCCUGGGAGGGAAGAUUCCCAUCCGGUGGACGGCCCCCGAGGCAAUUGCCUUCCGGAAGUUCACUUCGGCCAGCGAUGCUUGGAGCUACGGGAUUGUGAUGUGGGAGGUGAUGUCGUUUGGGGAACGGCCAUACUGGGAUAUGAGCAACCAGGACGUGAUCAAUGCCAUUGAGCAGGACUACCGGCUGCCCCCGCCCUCAGACUGCCCCUCCUCGCUGCACCAGCUCAUGCUCGACUGCUGGCAGAAGGACCGCAACUCGAGGCCCCGCUUCCCGCAGGUGGUCAACUCCCUGGACAAGAUGAUCCGGAACCCGGCCAGCCUCAAAAUCGUGUCCCAGGAGAAUGGCGGGGCCUUGCACCCACUCCUGGACCAGCGGCAGCUGCACUACUCAGCGUUUGGCUCAGUGGGCGAGUGGCUGCGGGCCAUCAAGAUGGAGAGAUACGAAGAGAGUUUCGCCGCCGCUGGCUUUGGGUCCUUCGAGCUCGUCAGCCAGAUCUCAGCAGAGGACCUGCUGCGGAUCGGAGUCACACUGGCCGGGCACCAGAAGAAGAUUCUGGCCAGCGUUCAGCACAUUAAGUCCCAGGCCAAGCCUAGAACACCGGGUGGGUCAGGCGGACCAGCCCCCCAGUACUGACCUACACUUGUCUCCUGGCCUGUCCACCCCCCAGCUCGGGAAGGGCAGGAAAUCCCACGCUGGGGAGUUACAGCUUCCCAUCUUCCUGGGGCGCAGAGUCGGAUGCUGGGGAGCCCAGUGGUCCCCACCACAUUCCUGCACCCCCACUGGAUUGCACUUUGAAAGGUGGGGUUGGCAGUCGGAGACCUGGGGCCUGGGGACCAGAACCGAAGUCACAGCGCCCCACAGGUGUGGGGUUCUGGCAGAGAAAGGAAAGCCCCAGAACCUCUCCACACCCCCGCACCCCUGUGCCCCACUUAGGGCAACCCCAGGGCCCCCUCACUCCAAGGGCCCUAGACCGCAGACUCUAUAGACCAAAGACAGCAGUGGGGCUGCCCAGGACCCCAAAAUGGAGUGCAGCCCCGAGGCGGGGAGGGGGCCCCCCCGCUCAGCGACCAAGUCAUUGGGUUGGGGGUCCCCCACCUGCUGCCGCCCCUGCCCCACUUGUGUCCUUGUAAAUACCCCUACCCCUCGGCUGCCUUCAUAUUGAAGGCUUUUGAGUUUUAUUAUGUUUUGGUUUCGGUCUGACUUUUCCUUCCCUGCCCUCCCCUCUCCUGAGUCCCUCUUGGUCAUAACGUUCGAGUUUGGGGGGGACAUUUCACUGUAGUCUCCUCUGUCCAAGCUGAAACGGGGACCCGUCCUUGUGUCUGUGCCCCCAAGAGUGCCUUGGUCAUGCCACAUCUCCCACCCCCACCUUCCCUGCUCCCUGAGUCCCCCCAAGCUGUGUCCAUGAGUGGGGGGUGAGGGGCUUGAGAUGCUGGUGGGAGGAGCCUGAGACAGACACCGGUGCUUGGAGGGGCUUUUAAAUUAUAUUUAAAACAUUUUUUGUAUAAAUAAAAGAAAAUGGGAAGCA